AUGUAUGUGGCCGUUGGGCUCAUAGAAUAUUUACUCACUAUAGAGAUUGAUGAAAGCUUGGACAAAAAAUACACUAUCCAAAGUACUUACACUAGCCAGAAAAAGUCACAGGCACCUACAAGUUCCUUAAUAAACCCACAUGGAGAUGCAAACAUGAAACUUUCAGCUCCUUAUAAUGUCCGUGAUGACCGUCACCAAAUAGGUGCCAUGAACUGGGCCGCCCUUGCGCUAGUGCUGUCAUUGCCACCGGGGCUUUUAGCCCAGGAUGGUGAUGGUGCGGGCGCAGGAUCACAAUCUCGAGCUAUGUCUGAAGCCAAAAAUUAUGAUUUUGGUGGUGACUCGCGAUCUGAAGCUAUGUCUCAAGCUGAAAAUUAUGGUGCUGACCUUGGCUCACGAUCUGGAGCUAUGUCUCUAGUCCAAAAUUAUGGAGCAGGAGGUGGAUCGCAAUCUGCGGCUAUGUCUCAAGCUGAAAGUGAUGUUAAAGGUGUGAGCGCGUUAUCACACUCUCUAGCGGAAGCAGAAAGCUAUGGUGCGGGCGCAGGAUCACAAUCUCGAGCUAUGUCUGAAGCCAAAAAUUGUUUGGUACUCUUGAUCACGCCACAGUUGCUCGUGCCCUUAUUUUUGACGUGUGAAAAUCCCUACGGGUCAUCCCCUCAUAAGAACAAAGUAGUAUAUUCUAGACAAACCAACCAAAACCACAUAGUGUUCCAUUACAGAGUACCACUUGCUGGAGACCCAGGUGUACCCCAUAAAGCAAAAUCUUUUAAAAGCCCGACAGACUCGGAUGCCUGUUGA